AUGCUGGUCCCCAACACUUGUCUCCCCACUGCCAGACACAGCUCUGACCACAAGGAGCAAGCUGAGAGAAGGGACAGAGAGCUGCAGGAGGUGGUGGUCCUGCAGACACCCAGCCAUGUUCCCUCUUCACUGGAGCAUCCCACCGGCAUCAGUUCUGGGGUAGAAUCGCGCCGUCCUGAGAAACCCCCCAACACAAUCCUGAAGCGAGUGGUGGUCUCGGUCCUGCCCGGCCCGUGCAGCCGGUUCCUCUGGAGCCGGCCGGACGAGUAUCGCGGCAGAAAGGCGCUGCUGGGUGCUGGCUUCGGGAUGCUCCUUGGCCUCGGGCUCUGCCACCUCCUCAUCAUGCCUCUGGACCUGCCAGAGACACAGAGGGUGAAGCUUACCUGGGGGCUGACAGUGGUCACUGCCUUGGGCUGGGCCACAUCCCCCCAGUUCCGCUGUGCCAACAUGCUCAUGGUCCCCAAGUUCCUGGGAAAGGAGGGUCGGCUCUACGUUGUCUCCUUCGUCUUUGCUGCCAUCUACAACGGGCCUGGGGCCAACCUCUGGUACAACCUGAUGGAGACAAAGCGCUCGAUGGACUGCGUGGUGGAGCUACAGGUCAACCACACACAACACCUCUGGCAGGCAUCGACAACCCCCCUGCGCCAAGUCAUGGAAGAGCUGGUGAGGAGCGCAGAGACCCUCAACACUGAGAUGCAGAACAUCUCGCGCGCCUUCGUGGAGCUGAACGAGCAGGUGGCCAGCGAGGAGGGCUACGACCUGCGGCAGCGCCCAGACACGGGCACACAGCCGGCCCCCAGCACCCAGGAGCUCUAUGAAACAAAGACCAAACUUCGCUGUGAAGCUGUGAUCGAGAGGGGCCUGCAGCGCUGCACAGGCCAUUUCCAGAACAUGUACAAGAAAUGCAAAGAAAAAGUGACCGUGCCCCUCAUCAGCCACCUCAUCUGCCUGCCCAUGCAGUUUGGGUUCCUCUGCCACUCGGUCAAACUCAUGAGCCACUGGUGUGAGAACAGGAUCCCUGUGGAUGGGAACUUUGGGAAGAUGUAUGACCAGGUGAACAGCUCUGUCAACAGCCUCAGACAGGAGUUCAGUGCCAGCAUUUCCUACCAGGAGGAGCACCAUAAGAUGCUGGUGGGCACAGAGAUAGCAGAGCAGCUGCGGCAGGAGGUGACCUCGCAGCUGCAGAGGGAAGGCGCCCGCCUGGGCCUGGCUGUCUCCUUCUUCCGCCUGCUGCUGUCCUUCACCUUCCUCUUCGUCUUCUUCUCGGCUUUCCUCUACACCCAUCAAUACCUUCACAACCUUGGCUUCGACAACUGCUACAUCACCACCUAUUUCCGCCAAAUCGAUGCCCGGCGUAGGGAGCAGAACAAGCAGACGCUGCUGCCCCUGCUCCGGGAAGAGAUCUCGUCUUUCAUUUUCCCGUGCAAACCGGCCCUGCAGCGGCCUGAGCUGCAGCACAUGGUGCUGGAGCUGCUCAGGUACAUCCCACUCCUGCUCUUCCUCCUCUUUGUCUGUGGCCUGGACCACUUCAUCUUCAGCAUUCUCAGCAUCAUCCAGCAUCAUUCCUUUAUCGAGUAUUCCUACCAAACCAGCCACCACCUGUCCGUGAACGUGAUGGGCACAUCCCUGAUGGCAGAGCUGCUGCGCGGCACCAUCGGGGCCCUCAACGCCUCCUUCGACACCGAAGUGGAGACCUCGAAUCUCGCCUGCCUGCCGCAGCCCACCGGGAUGACGAGGCAGCAGUACCUGAACACCUGCCUGCCCCUGGGCGCGCUGGCCCUGCUCUGCCUGGCCCAGGUCUACCCGUUCCGCCUGCGCCGCGCCAUCGCCGCCUUCUACUUCCCCAAGAGGGAGAAGGCUCGGGUGCUGUUCCUGUACAACAGGCUGCUGCGGCAGAGACAGAAUUUCUUGCUCCUGCAGCGCGGGCGCAUAGCCCGGCAGCCACCCACGCUGGUGAGUGGGGACACGGACACGGGGUGCCGGGUGGGGGUACCCACCGCCCCUGGACCCCACAGCCCUUCUGGCCGAGCCCCACAGCGGCCCGUGCUCGCCUCAGGGGACGUGGCUGUGGUGUCGCCGGCGCUGGCCCUGCCUGCGCCGCUGCCUGCGCCAGAGCUGCACCUUGUGCGGGACCCCCGAGACCCCCCAGCACCAGCCCUGCCCCAAUCCCGACUGCGGCGCCUUGUACUGCGCGUCGUGCUGGAAGCUGGAGGGGCGCACCUGCCUCGCCUGCAGCCCUGCGGACCCCGACCUCGUCCAGGAGAGCAGCGAGGAUGAGGAGGAGCAG